AUGUGCAAAGUUACUCACGUUGAGCUACGAAAACUGGCGGUGGAUGCGGUCAUUCUGCUUAUCAAGCGGGUCAUUAUUACCACAACACCAACGAAGAAUUUCUGGAAUAACCCAGAACUGACUCGACUGGUCUUGGAACCUCUAACACAACUGACGGAUAUUAAAUUCAAUGAUGUUCAAGAAAAGCAGUUGCAAUGCGUUCAGUACCUCCUCAAUUGCUAUGGUGAUGAGAUUAGUGAAAGUUGGCUUCGAUUUAUUAACAUUAUCGGGGCAAUCGGCCAAUCUCAUAGUGACAAACACAUUCGUUCAGCGUUCCAAUGUUUUCAACUCGUUGUAACAGACUAUCUGCCUACGCUGAAUCUGAAUUGCUACCCAGCGUGUGUGGACACUGCGGCCAAGUUUGGUCACCAAGAGUACGAUCUGAACAUCGCGUUGGCAGCCGUUGGUUCACUGCUCCACCUGACGGACUUUCUGUUCCAACGCGAGCGCUCAACCUCGGAGGAGGCGAGGCAGAUAGAGCAACUGUGGGUGACGGUCUUCCGUCACCUCUCUGCUCUCGUCCGCGAUCGGAGGCCUGCGAUGCGAAAGUCGGCCGGUCAGACCCUCUUCAAUGCUGUCGAAUGUCACAGCGCUAAGUUUGUUGAGGACACAUGGUUUGAACUCCUUUGGACAGUCUUCUUUCCGUUGCUUUCGGAUGUGCAGGAGUACUGUGCCAAUGCGCCAAUGGAGAAGGAGGGCCGCAGUGGCAGCCUCCUCGUUCACCAUUCUCGUGACACUGCAGCGAAGCAGUGGGCCGAGACUGUAGUGUUAACCCUUUCCGGUGUCGCGCGCUGUUUCGUCUCCAAGCAAUCGCAACUCGUCUCUCUUGAGCGAUUUUCUGAGAUCUGGGAACGGUUGCUCUUCAACGCAGAAAGGGCUGUUCUCACACCGAAUUCGGAGAUUGCUCAGAACGCCCUUUCGACUCUAAGGAUCUUACUGGAUUUUGAUACUUCGCAGUGUUCAGCUGACAAAUCAAUGGCCACGUGGCUGGCCUUUUGGCAAACUUGGGUAUCCAUUGGAGGGCACUUUAUUGAGUUCUUCUCUUCCAGCAACCUCUCUGAAGACGCCAAGAAAAGUGACCUCUCUCAAGUACAAAGUGCAGUUCUACAAAAAUCUGCCGCAUCCACCUUUGGCCCCGAUUUCUUCGCUCUCUUCUUUGAUCUGUUUCCUCCACUGUUCCCAAGGAUUCAGCAAAACUUCAAUGGUUCAUUCUUUGCUGAAUUUAGCAAAAUUGCAAGUCAGGGUGUCCUGGGUCCCCUCUUUUUAAACCACAAAAUCUCUCUGUUGAGUGUGAAUGGAUCUGAAAAGGCGGCAACGACGACAACACCUUCCUUUAUGUUCUCCGCUGCCAACAUUGUCGACGAGCAGGGUCUCACACAAACACAACGAUCUGUCUUUAACUGCCUUUUAGUAGUUGCUGAGGUGGAUGCCAUACCCAUGAAUUACAUUGUCUUCGCUGAGAAGUGUUUGGAGUUAGCUACACAACUGUACAAGACUUUUGCAAAUUCCGACAUCCUCCGUAAUGCGAAUGGCCUAUUAAAGAUGGUAGAAGCGUUACACGUUCCGUUGGCGGCAAAGUACAAGUGUCAGUGUCGGUCCACUUGGCUGCUCGCUAGUAAGUGCUUCAUGGACACCAUCACGGUUGGAGUUCCAAUCGCCACAAAACAAAAAUCUUCACCCCUAAAAACGACAAACGGUGACUUGUGGGACAUGGUCUACGUCACGAUUCGAGAUUUUCUUUUCUGUCAGAACCAACCAGUUGAACCACUUUCCGGUGAAGAAUUUCAACAACAUGAAGCACUAGACUGCAAAUUUAUCGAGUUAAUCUGUGACCAAUUCCUGUCCCGACCGGAGGGCUUACCUCCGAGGUUCAUAGAGCAAUUAGUUGGUGUGUUGGGUCUGGGCUCAGUGGAGGCGUCAAUCAGCAGCGCUGACUUCGCUCUUCUUGACCCCAAUACCUUGCGUCCCAGUCCACUUACACCUCCUCCUCCAGCCUUCGCUAGUCUCCAGCCUUUCGUUCACCGCUCCGCCACCAUCUUCAUUGCCUCUACCACUGGUGCCGGUGAUGCCGCCCCUUUCAUGGCCUCUGCCGAUGCGGAUCUGCGUCCCUUCGUCUCCAGAGAGAAAUUCAUGCGUCAAUGUUUUGAGUCCUUGCUCUCCUUUGCCUUCUUUCAGAGUGACUUUUCUCUCUGCAACAGCUCUGUCUCCCCGCUGUCUACCUUGAGGCUCCAAACAAUCGGGAAUAGACCAUAUAUGCUCUGUCGUACUGCCAUUCGAGAUGUUUUGGAUCGAUGCAGGUUCAUCCUCCAACGCUUCGUCAAGUCGACCCAGUUGACUGGAAAGUGUCCUUUGCCACGGGACUUGCAUUUUCUAUUUGCAUUUCUAUUUAACAAUCUUGGAUUUUUCUCUUCUUACGGGCCGCCCAGCGCGAAAUUAUCGGAGGUCACCUUCGCAAUCCAAGCUCUGACCGUUCUCCUUACAAACUUUACAACUCCUCCAACGAAUUCAAAGAAUUCGAGUGAGUUUUUGAGUCACCCGCAUUGUACUAAACUUACUUCAUUUUCAUCCUCUGAAAUUGCAGUUGAUGCCAGCACCUGGAAUUGUGUUAUUGACAUCUACCCUCUGGUGGUAGAUUGCAUCUUCGUGGCUGAAUCUUCGCAGCUCCUGCCAGGAAUACACAAACUCUUGCAGCUCUAUGGACGUCUGUUACAGCCUAAGGUGAACCGUACAGUAGAUUCACCCUAA